GCUAUGGUUACCAUAUAUUGCUGGCUUUAAUGAAGAUGAAUUCUUCGAAGAUCUCUCUCCGGCCAUUCGAACUUUCCGAUGUCGAUGACUUCAUGUUGAUGGUCGGCGAUGACCGGGUGACCCAAUUUACGAGAUGGAACACCUUCACCUCCAAGGAAGAUGCUUUGAUAUACCUCAAAAAUGUUUGUAUAGUUCAUCCUUGGUGUCGAUCCAUAUGCUUGGAUGAUCGUUCGGUCGGACUUAUUUUGGUCCGGCCGGAGUCCGGUGAUGACCGAUGUAAAGCAGAGAUCGGUUAUGCUUUGGUGGCUGAUUAUUGGGGUCAAGGGAUUACAACCAUAGCUUUGAAGAUGGCCCUCUCAAUUGUGUUCAAAGAUAUGCCAUAUUUGGUGAGGCUUCAAGCUUUGGUUGAUCUAGAAAAUAAGGCCUCACAGAGAGUUGUAGAGAAAGUUGGGUUCAUCAAGGAGGGUUUAUUAAGGAAGUAUGCCUUCAACAGAGGGGUGAUCAGAGAUAUGAUUUUCUAUAGCUUCUUAUCUACAGAUCGAUUCCAUAUUAGACUUAUAAUGUAAAAUCAAAACUAGAAUAUUGUUAA